AUGCUUUACCGCCCCUCCAACGAAACCUUCAUGAUAACCCGCAACGUAGCUCUCGGAUCCUCGAACGUCAACACCGACCCAGAAAUGGGCAAAUUACGCCUGUGGAACAUUUCCUCUACAGACUCUGCAGGAAACACCUCCUACUCCAUUCAAAGCCUUAACAUCCGCGCCUUUAUGGAUGGCAGUUUCUUCGAGGUAUACGUUAAUGAUGUGCUUACCAUCUCUACACACAUCUAUUACUGGUACAAAGAUUCCACUCGUAUGGGCUUCUACCUCCAGUUCCCCGAGACACUUCAGAACUCUACCUUGGAUACUGGCGUCAAGUUCUCGGGUGUGAAAGUCUGGGAGGGUGUGCCGAACGUCUUCCCUAAGCGUCCUACCAACCCCAAGGACUUGAUCGACAGUGGUGUAGGCUUUGUGCAGCCGCCUAUGAACCCUAAUGUGCCGCUAGCUUAUGAUGGUGUCGGUGCUCCUCCUUUACCUCCGGCUGAGAACUUGCCUUAUGGUAUUGAUUUAAGUACUGUAGAGUAA